GGCAUGAAACCCAAGCAGGAUCCGCGACGACAACUUGCUUUCUGUGAUAACCGGUUGUACGAGGAGAGAGAAAAGCUCGACCUCUUCGAUGUCGGCAGUCCCAACAAACACUCGUCAACCGAGGACUUCGCGGUCCUACGUCGUCCUGGGCUUUGCAUAUCUUCUCAUAGAAAUCUUUCUUGCUUUAAAGUUCCAUUGGAUUGUCACUCAGCACGAAUCCUUAUCAAUACCAUUCCAGGAACAGCAUCAGCAUCAGCAGCAACAACAUUAUCAAUCCAAAUCCAGCAACAGCAACAUCGGACACCGAAAAAUAAAAAAAAMUAUUCCUCCCGACGGACGCUUCAAUGGCUUUCCCGUGUUUUAUCAUGACUUGACUCUCAACAAAUCUUACCACAGCCGUCCCUAUUCAUCUGUUCGAUGCGUUGGCGAGAAUUAUCAAGGCAGUGACUUUUCUUGGAUGCAUCGCUCUUGUCACUUUCGAUUUCUCUGUUUCAAUGUUUCGAGCCGAGAAUUUGAGGUGUAUGCCCGGCCCGAUGAUGAAAUACUGCAAUCGAUGGUAUCCCGUCGGCAACCUUUUGUAGAUAUUUCAUCUGGUGUCCUUUUGCAGCCUCGAAAUGAAACUCAAAAUGGAAUAGACAGCGGUGUCUCUCUGGCAAGUGGCACCGUCCRACAUCCCAGAGACAGGGUUGGGAGUGCGGCUGGUGAUGACGAUACUAGUCGUGGACAAAGCAAAGARGCCUACAAAUGGUUUCCAACAGUGAUUAGAUCGUCACCACCCGAACGUUACUAUGCACUGGACGAAGAUAUGAUCCUUGUUCCAUUUCACACCAUGUUGAAGGAAGAAGGUCCACGAGAGAAAGAAUAUUCAGUCCUUUGGGACGAUCUUUUCCCAGUAUACACGCUAUUGAAUAUGUUUCAGUUGGUGCCUGGAGAGAACCAGAAAGAAGUAAUAUUGAUGAGAUAUAUUAGCAAAAUGGAGAAUCGUGCUGAUGGGAACCAAGUCCAAUUUCAGCGAAAAAUGGAUGAAUUUCGACCUCUGAUGAUGCGGCGUGGUCGUGUCGAUGAUGAAAAGGUUAUCCAAGACAAAAGGAACUCUUUCGAGAACACUUAUUGGACGACACAACUUGAUUCGAUACUGAUGCCAACGCCAAACACACCAAUAUUAUCGCAUCUAGUGUGCGCAAAAGAUGGUUUGGCCGGACUGGGACCGCACGGAAUACAGAAAGCGGAGGGCAAACAUACCGCAAACCUUCUCCCCAAGUAUGGGAAAGGAGGUCUUCUUUGGUUGUUUCGGAACUACUGUCUCAGGAAUCUGGGACUUAUCCGAGCGUCCUUGACUUUGUCCGCGAGAGGCAGUUAUUAUGAGAUGACCAAUAUCGAAACGUCCAAUUCUAUUGUUCGUAUCAUCUUUUCAGCUCCGGCCUAUGGUAUUGCAUCAAGAAUUUAUGGCAAGACUGAUGAUCCACAAAUCGGGCAUGAUGGUCAAGAUUCCACUCCAAUCAUUACGGAAUUGCGUGAUUUUUUGGUAUCGCCAGCGAUUCGAAGCAAGUCAGAGAAUGGCGAUCGUAGUUCAGUUGCUUCUACAAACUCCAGUCGGGUUCAUAUAGAAUCGCACGACUUUUCGAAAGAAUUUACGUCACUGACUGAUCGUGUCGAACUAAUGAUGGGCACAACUGUGUUUAUCGCCACUUGCAGUGAGGCAGUAGCAUCUAUGGCAAUAUUUUUGCCACGGGGAGCGACUCUAAUUGUCUUCUAUGAAACCAAGAACCAGUAUCCAGAACACGAAAACAGCAGAGAAGGAAAAGGGUUUGUAACUAGUGACAGACCCACUUCACCGAAUUGCGCUGUCUAUCGAGAUUUGCUCAAUAACUUAUCCCAUGUACGGGUGCAAUGGUUGCCAAUUACGCUAGGAGAUACAAGGGUCUUACUUAAUCUUGUCGAGCAUGAAUUAAAGGUGAACGGGAAAAAGAAAUCGGACGGAAAUAGCUAAAAUCAGAAUCUGUAAAAUGAGGUCGAACUUCAGAGCAAAAGGACGAUUUGACUAUCGUCUACAAGACCGUCUUUGGGAGGUUCCGUGCAUAAUUUGCUCAGAACCCCGUUAUUAUUAGCUACAUAUCCUUCUUUGGUCGUAUGAAUAGAGUGAAAAUUACUAU